AUGAAGUCGUUGCUAUUGAACGAAACAAGACUGAGAAAGGAAGGAACAGAAGUGAAGCAGAUAUUCCAGGCGUUUCAGGCGAAACGGAAAUACAUUGUCGCACAGUCUCCAAUGCCAAAUACUGUACAGGAUUUCCUUACUUUGGCAUACCAAGAAAAUUGUUCAUGCAUUGUCAGCUUUGAGCAAAGUGACGGCAAAAAGGAUAUAGGUGAAUAUUAUCCAGCGGACAAUCAAGAACUCAAGAAAGGUCAACUGUCUAUUUCAUGUGGGAGGGAUAAGGUCACGAACGAGUACAGUAUCCAGAAAUGGCUAACUAUUGAGUUCAAGGGAAGCACACAGGGUAAAGGUGACAAGAGCACAUUGCGACACUUUGAGUUUACAGACUGGAACCAGACUGGAAAUGUUCCAUGCAGCCCUGCUAACUAUGUCGCAUUUCUGAGAGAUGUCAAAAUUGCAUCGUCCAAUGGGCCUGUUCUUGUCCACUGCAGGGAUGGUGGUAGUAGGAGCGGGUUGUUCUGUGUUAUGGCAUUCCUCUUGGAGAAAAUGGUAGUAGAGCACGAGGUCAGUGUGGUAAAUGCCGUCAGGAGGGUCAAAGCCAGGAGACCCAACGCAAUGGCCAAUCAGGACGUUCACAGUGUCGAAUACGCCAAGGACUGGUUCCGCACAAAUGACAGGCUCUGGUAUUGUAAUAAGUAA